GGAUUUGUAAUAUAACAUCGUCAGUAAUUGUUUAGAAGUGGAUUAGAAAAAUAAACAAGUGAAUGUUAUUAGAAUCAGUGAAUUGUGAAAUUAAUUUUCUGUAUCAUAAAUCGGAAAUUUUUUUAAAACUGAAUAAAAAUUAAACUAUAUACUCUCUUCAUCUGAAUUGGGGAUUAAUUUACUUAAUUAAAUAUAUGACUGGAUCAUGGAGUCUGAAGAUUACAAAUUUAAAACGCCAUUACAAAAUUUUUAUGCCGGUCAAAGUAUUCUAAUUACAGGAGGAACAGGAUUUUUGGGAAAACUGCUUAUAGAAAAAUUGUUAAGAUGUUGUCCAGAAAUGACAUCUAUUUAUGUAAUCAUAAGACGAAAAGGAGAUCAAGAUAUUCAUAAGAGAAUACAGCAUCUUUUAGAAUCACCGAUUUACGAUCAAUUAAAAUGCGAAUAUCCAAAAUUUUUCGAGAAGAUUAUCCCAAUCGAAGGAGAUAGUAAUUUACCAAAUUUUGGAAUAUCUCCCGAGAAUAGAAAUAUUUUAUUAAAAAAUGUUUCAAUAGUCUUUCAUGGAGCAGCUAAUGUGAAAUUUAAUGAAAAACUCGGAAAAAUGAUCCUCGCCAAUGUUUUUGGAACUAAAGAAUUGAUAAAUAUUUGUCAAUCUAUGAAGAACUUAAAGGUUUUCAUGUACAUAUCUACAUUUUCCACACAAACAAUAAGAACGGAAGUUGAUGAAAAAUGUUACGAUUCAUCAAUAACAGGCGACAGAAUUUUAAAAAUAGCCGAAAUUCUUAAUGCAGAAGAAUUAGAUAAUCUUGAGAAUAAAUUGAGGAAUGAUCAUCAUAAUAAUUACAGUUUUACAAAAUCAAUUGCAGAACAAUUAAUUCAUCAACAUGCAAAAGAACUUCCUUCUGGAAUAUUUAGACCAGCAAUGGUGUCAUCAACCUAUAAUAGUCCUCUCGAAGGAUGGACUGACAGUUUUUAUGGACCUAAUGCCUUCAUUGCAGGCGGAUUAGUUGGAGUAUUAAGAACAAUGCAUUGUGACACAUCAAAGAAAAUGGAAAUAAUUCCUGCAGAUUUUACAAUAAAUGCUCUUAUUGCAUGUGCUUGGGAUGUUGCUCUGAACAAGACUAAAGAAGAUGAACCUUUCGUUUAUAAUUAUAUUUCCAGUCGAGAAAAUUUAAUUACUUUCGAAAAAUUUUACAACCUGACUUACAAAUACCAAGUUGCUCCUUUAAAGAGUAUUUGGUGUUAUAAUAUACUGUUAUUAAAAAAUUACUACGUUUAUUAUAUUUUAGAAAUAAUUUUACAAACUCUACCUGCAAUUAUCAUCGAUGCAUAUUUAAGUAUAAUAGGAAAAAGAACUUGGGCAAUCAGAAUGAACAAGAAACUAAACACUACAAUGAAAUUGGUUUCUGUUUGGACAUUAAACGAAUGGAAGAGUAGCAAUGAAAAUACAAAAAAUCUUUGGAAAAGAAUAUCUCAUGAUGAUCAGAAAUUAUUUCCAUUUUCAAUGGAUGAUAUUGACUGGGAUGACUAUGUUAAAAAAUACAUGAUUGGUAUAAGAAUUUAUUUGCUAAAUGAUCCUCUGACUACAGUUCCUGCUGCUGAGAAACGUAGAAUGAAGUUUUUAAUGUUCCAAGCAGGGCUAAAGUAUUCUUUAAUAAUUCUUCUAAUUUGGAUUUUCUACACAAUUUUUAAAAAAUUAAACUUUUAAAUAUUUUUUUUAUACCAAAGAACUAAUUAAAUUCAAUUAAACACUGUUUCCCUAUAAUGUAAUUCUUUUACAAAAACUGUUUUUUGAAAUAAUAAACAAUAAUCUAAUAACCAGAA